UGAAACACGUACACACCUGACACACCCCCAUACAAACAUCUGUAAAUUAUUUUAAAAAAAUUGUGAUAAAAUUAUGGAUAAAAAUGGAUAUAAUCGAAUGAAACAAAAAACAAUUGUCUUAUUUGAUUUAGAUGGAACUUUAACAGUUCCUAGAAAUAUGAUUAAAGAUGACAUGAAACAUACAUUAAAAAAAUUACGGAGUGUGCAUGAAAUAGGUAUUGUUAGUGGAUCAGACUUAUCAAAACUAAAAGAGCAAAUUGGCAAUGAAAUUUUAGAUAAUUUUGACUAUAUUUUGCCAGAAAAUGGAAUUAUUGGUUAUAAAAAUGGGAAACAAAUAUUUGCAAAUAGCAUCCAAAAACAGUUGGGGGACGAAACACUUCAAACCUUCAUCAAUUACGCCCUAGGAUACAUGUCAAAAUUGAUAUUACCAUUUAAAAGAGGAACUUUUAUCGAAUUUAGACAGGGACUCAUAAAUAUCGCUCCACCCGGGAGAAAUUGUUCCCAAGCCGAAAGAGACGAAUUCGAAAAAUAUGACAAGAUUCAUCAGGUGAGGACGAAAUUCGUCGAAGAUUUGCGGCAAAGAUUUUCCGAUCUCGGCCUCGUUUUUUCCAUAGGUGGACAAAUAAGUUUCGACGUUUUUCCGAAAGGAUGGGAUAAAUCCUUCUGUCUUCAACAUUUUGACACUUAUGACCACGUCUACUUUUUCGGUGACAAAACCAUGGAGGGUGGCAAUGAUCACGAAAUUUUCAUCCAUCCAAGGACUAAAUCUUUUACCGUAGUUGGGCCCGAGGAUACUCAAAAACAGAUUAAAGAAAUAUUUCCCGUCUCGCCUUGAUUAACAUAAAUGAUUAUAGCAUUCAAAAUUUUGCACCCAAAAAUGAAUCGCUUUAUUUUUAUUGCGCAACAAAAUAUGCACACAAAUUAUUGUAUACAUCAUAUUAUAAAAAUGUAAUAUUUUUUAUAUAUUUUUAUUGGGGGGGGGGGGACUAAAAGAGAAAUUGGAUUUUAAAAAUGUUCAUUGUAACCCUUAAUCAGUGGUUUUAAACUUAAUAAUUAUAGCAUACAUUUAGGAUGUUAAAAUGACAUUACAACCCGAAACCUUCUAGUAGUUGGGAAUUUUCGAUAUUACCGGAUUUUAUUUGAAUUUAUCUUUUAUAUUUUAAAAGAUAUCAACCCUAUCCCUGGUUUUAAAUUGGUGGUUACUUAAAAGGGCUAAUCAUAAUAUUUAAUUUUUCAAAUUUUAUUACGUGUUUGCGCAUAUUUCUUAUAAUAUAAAUAAGUUGGAGAAUUAAAGAAAAAUUUCUGGUUCAGGUGAGGUUUUGGAACCGUUUCUUGAAAUUGCUCCACUAAGAUAAACAAAUAAUUAUAAAAAAGUAUAUAAUAUAUGCUAUAUUUAACAUUUUAACAAAUAAUGAUGUAACCAAAACAACAUGUGAUUCAAAAAUUGUCAAAAUUAAUAUUUAUUAUUAUUUUAUUUUUUUUUAAAAAAUAAUUAAACAAAUAUAAAAUUUAUUUAUCCAAAAUUUAUAUGGAAGAUGUUAUACAAUUAUUAUUUAUGUGGUUUUUUCUAUUGG